CGGACCGUUUCUCUAACCGUUUUCGCAGUGUCUAACGGUGUUUAAGAUGAACUUUUCGUGUCACCAAUUUCUCUCGUUCUUCAUCUUAGACCUGUUUCAACGCUCGGUCUACCUACGCUUCAAAGCUUCCAUCCUCCAUUUCGGGCACGGCACGAAUCUCUGGGCCUCAUUACAGCAACCCGCGAUUCUUGUGUAGGCGUUUCGCUUGCUAUUGCAGUAUGGUUAGUGUGAGUCGAAAUGUAAUUUCUCCGUCUGCAACCCCUUAAAGCCCAUGUUUCCCAGAAUGCGUAUUGAACAGGAACAGAUUUCAAGAUGCGACGAGCCGACCAUGGCGUUGCGCAGGAAUCCGCAGAGGGAGUGCAGGACAGAGAAAACUCGACCUCCAGUAACCACAAUUAAGACCGAAGCAAUCACUAUCAUGUCCUCUAAGAUCACUCAGAGCGAAAGAGGUGGAAAGGAAAGGCAUGGCAGAUGCAGGAAGACUAGCCUAGGUACUACCAAGAUACGCCAACUCAACGCGCGCGCGCUUCAGGAUCCUCGAAUCCUCAUCAAUCCGCCAUUUCCAUUUUUUCAGCUACCUCGAGAGAUUCGGGAUCAAGUUUAUUCAUACCUAGUCGUUCCGCAACGGUCACAUCGUGCACCUGUGAUCGAGGCAGCCACGAUUCUCAAGGAUCGGAAGAAGCGCGUGACUACACAAACAGCUCGGGAACGGCUGAACAGACAACGAGUCUCCAGCGGAAUACGCCCGGUUUGUGCUCGAACGACGAUCUCUGAGCCCAUUGUACACCUGAAUCUUCUUCGAGUAUCCCAUAGGAUGUACUGCGAAGUGAGCGACUAUCUAUACAGCAGCAACCGGUUCGCCGUAUCCCUUUGCAAACUUCCCUCUACCGCCAUUGAAAUUCCAGAUGGCUGGGACCUCUCCCGAGUCAAAAGGCUGCAGCUGGAGCUUCAACUGAAGGACUCCCCGCGAAUGAACAGCUACAUCGAUUGGACGCCUUUCUUCUCCAAGUUCUCGGCGCUCCGCGUGCUACAUAUCCUGCCUACGUUCCAUCCACGGUACUACGAUUGGGCACAUACAGAAUUAUGUGACUGGCGAACGACACACUAUGUUCACAAGGCAUUUUUUAGAGAAUUGCUUGCUGCUAUACCUAGUCAUGUCGACCUAAGACUAGGGUCUUCGUUGGAUUUGACAGAUGAGAUGGAGUUGCAGGGUAGAAUACCUGUCAGCCGGACACUAAUAGUGGACAUGUACGCGGAGCUGGGUAUGCGUAAAGCAUAGGAAGAUCCUUGUGGUCGCCAAUAUUAGUACACUAAAAUAAGAAGGAAUAUUAUUAAUAAUGUAGCAAAUGGAGAUAUCCUAUUAUAUACUACAGCCGUGCGUACUAUUGCCAACGUAUUAUGCAUAUGUUAACAGGGGUCAUAAUGUAUAUGACUGAUGUAUUAGAUGUUA